GUUCAUAGCGUCUUGAAGGAAAGUGGCGUGUGGUGUCUUCAAUAACUCAAGCAACGAAUUCUAUUAAUCUGCGGGGAAAGAUUAAAUCGCGAUAUCACACCAUGCUCAGAUGAAUUCACGGGUGGAGGUCUUUAGUUUUGACCUGAUAUCUUCUGGAAAUACAGCAUUAUGUCCCAGAAUAAAGAUGGAGAGAAACGAAGGUUUUCCAAAUGGUUGGACUAUGGCAGUGUAAAUGGGGAAGGACAGUCAGAUCCAUGCCCUACCUGCCAGGGCACAGGACGCAUCCCGAGAGGUCAGGAGAACCAACUUGUGGCAGUCAUUCCUUGCAGCGACCAAAGGCUGAAACCUCACCACACGAAACUCUAUGUGUGUAUAGCAGUGGGCCUUUGCCUCCUGACCUGCUCACUGAUCCUGUUUUUCCUCUUCCCACGGAGUAUGGAUAUGUCAGCUGUGGAACUACAGUCAUCUGUGGUCUAUUUCACUCCAGAUAAAGUUAGAAUAGUGCUCACGCACGAAAUGAACCUUACCAACCAAAACUUUGUCAGAAUCACAGCUGACAAUCUUAGUGUGCAAGCACUGAUUUUCGAGACUGUGGUUGGCAAUACCAAGUUGCUCAAUGUCACCAACCUUCCUCCUCGAUCACAGAAAACGAUUAAAGUUAUAGCCAACAUUGUAAUUGAUGACCCAGGCCUCAAUAAUUACUGCAAGUCACAUGCCUUUCAGAUCCACACUUUAUUCUUGCAUUUGCAAUUGAAUAUCAAAGUCUCCUACCUGUCCCAUUCAGAGGAGAUGUCUACAGAUGCCUAUGAGUAUAUUGACUGUGGAGUGAAUUCCACUAUGCCUCAUCACUCCCCUCUGCGUUGAGACUAAACCAUUGCCAAUGAAUGGCCA